CUUGUCGACCGGUGGAGGCCGGAGACGCACACCUUCCACUUGAGGGCCGGCGAGAUGACCCCUACUCUGCAGGAUGUUUCCAUGAUCCUUCCAGCAGAUAAGAAGGAUAGAACUCCCGCCGGCGCAUCUUUCUCUUGGAUCAGGACUCACUUUGGAGAAUGCCCGGAAGGGGCCGACCGUGACACUGUCAAGACAUACACCCGAGUGUACUUGUGGUAUAUGGUUUCGAGGACUCUCUUUCCUGACAGUGGUGGGAAGCUGGCCCAUUGGUGUUGGCUCAAGGCGCUUACGGUGUUGGAGCACCCGUGGAGUUGGGGAACAGCGGCACUUGCCUACCUCUACCGGCAGUUGGACGAAGGUUGUCGCAGGACUGGGAGCGGCGGUAUUGGUGGAUGCUUGCUCCUACUUUCCGUAUGGAGCUGGGACCACCUAUCAGUUGGGCGGCCCAGGAUACUCAACGCGAGGCACUACACUGAGGAGUUGGACACUCUUACCGCUGAGCAGGUGGAUUGGGAGCCAUAUGGUACCUAUUACCGUAUUGGCGCGGCGAUGACUGACCUCAACCCCAAGUGCUUGGAGGAGGCUUGA